UUCAGUGGUGAUUGGAGCUGAACUUGGUAGGAAGGACUCGUGUUGGAUCCAUCGAAACAACAAUUGGAAAAAGACUGGAACCUAUAUCAACCCAGAACUCACCCCAAAUCCGGAUUAUUACGUUUCACAUUGCUUCUUAGUACAAACGAUGGAACCUCAACAAAUACAAGUACCCCCAGGCUUCAGGUUCAAACCCUACAAUAAAGAACUGAUUUCUUACUAUCUGGUUCCAAAGAUCAAUGGCGAUGUGUUUCCUUUGAGUUUUAUGCAUGAAGUUAAUAUUUACAACCAUACCCCUGACUACCUCGUUGCAAACUAUUCACCACAAGGGGAGGGAGAGUGGUAUUUUUUAACACCAAGGGAUAAAAAGUACAUAAAUGGGAGUCGCCCGAAUCGAAAAGCUGGGCAUGGAUUUUGGAAAGCUAAUGGAGUUGAGCAAGAAAUCAAGGAUGAGAAUAAUAGAAUGAUUGGAUCACAUAUGACAUUGGAUUACUAUAAUGGAAACCCUAAAGAGAAUGAAAAAACGUAUUGGAAAAUGCAUGAAUUUCGAGCUUCUAAACUACUUAAGAGAAAAAGGGGUGAUGUUGAUGUUCCUUCUGAAGUGGACACUACUAUGAGGCUGGACGAGUACGUGCUAUGCAGAAUCUACCACAGCAAGAGGAGCAGGGAAAACCCAGCAGCAAAAGGUGUUGCAGUUGAUGAGAAUGCAAACAGCAACCACCUCGAUACUCUUUCGAACCUCAACGCCAAUGCUAACAACAAUGCCCACAUUCCUUCUAACCACUCACCGGAUAGAGGAGGUGAACUAGAUAACUUAAGUUUGGGUGAUUUGUUAAGUGAUCCAGAUUUAUUAAAUAUAAUAACUAGUUUCUUAUCUAGCUCUAAUACCAUGUAAAAAAUUAAUGGAUGGGAAAAUAUAUUGUUGUGUUGUGUGUU